AUGGCUCGCGGUGCGGCUUCCCCCAGCGACGACAGCUCGUCUUCGGGCUUCUCCAGCGAUGAGGACAUGGUGGACGUGUCCGACUUGCCUUCCACUUCCUCACGCGCCCCCAGCGUUAACGUUGAAGUACUGGACGAGGCCGACGUGAUUGACUCUACAACCGCCACAUCGACUGUUCCCACCGCCCCACAGGCCUCCACAACUUCGUCCGAUGUGCUGCAAUGCUGCCAAGACGAGUCCAAUCUGAUUCUGUAUACACUGAAACCUCUAGACGUGCAGUAUGACCAGUAUACUGCAGCAAUUGGGCACAUAGCAUGGCAUUGGCCCACAUCCGAGACUGUUCCAGACGCUGUCGAGCUCGAUAUCAAGCUCAAAGCAUACCAUUCACUACGUGCAGCUCUCUAUAAGACCUUCCAGAAGGCGUUCCCACUUACAGAGGACAUGUACAUGCAAUGGAUCAGUGAUUCCAGUGCCAAAGGAGACUCCGUCGCAGAGAGCAAGAAGCUUUUCGAGCUGUCACGAGGAGACUAUAGGUCCGUGUCGUUAACUCUGCACUAUCUGCGUUAUGUAAAAGAGAACGGAGACGAUAAAGAGCUGCAAACCGCCAUGAAUCAUGCACAGCUCACAGUAGGAGCCCACUUCGCCCGAGGCCACGAGAUCUGGGCUCUCUGUCGGGAACUAGUUACUGAAAAAUACGACGAGAUGGACAAGUCACAGGACAUAGAGAAGGAGAGAGCGCUGCGAUCUUUAUUCUGCAGCCAAAUGCAGUUGCCACUGGACCAUAACGACCUCGUUAUGUCGGAAUUUCGAGCUUGGGACGCCUAUAACACACUGGAUAACACUUCCAGCGUAGCGUCUAAGGACGCUUCCAGUCGACAAACUAAGCUGUUCGUACCGCUACUGAAGAAACUGCGAGGAUUCGAGACGAGAGUCGCAGCAGCGACCGGGACAGAGGAGCCGUGGUUACAGUAUCUGAACUUUGUGAAGCACCGUGUUGCGCCGUUGAUGGCGAGUGAAGCAGAACGGAAGCAACUUGUAGUGUGUCUGUAUGAACGCGCAGUGGCGAGCCUGUGUCUAAGCCCCGCACUCUGGGCGAGUUAUCUGGAGUAUCUAGAGCCUGACGAUGUGACAUCGAAGAAUGAGGACAAACUGGCCAUCGCACGGAGAGCGGUUCGGAAUGUGCCGUUCGACUCCAGCGCCUGGACGGAGCUGCUGGUUGAGAUCGAGCGACAGGGCGCUACAAUGGAAAUUUCGCAGUUUAUCAGUACCAACCUGCUGGUCAGGGAACGUCCGCCUAUGGAUCAGUAUCACUUGCUUAAUGUGUUGCUGGUGUGGUGCGACGCCAUCCGUCGUUAUGCUGCUAUCGAUUUUGACGGGGAUCUUGAAAACACAGUAGAGCAAGUGGUAGGGGCCGUCUUCUCGAAAUGUCAGGAGGUGCUGAGCCGGAUGUUCCCGGACUACCUGGAGGGCAAACUACGUCUAGCAGACUACCAAGCGAAGUGUUAUUGGACGCUAUUGCCACCGACUGGCCCCCCGCGACCAAAACCGGCGAUAGAAAUGAAAGUAACAAAAGUUACAGAGCUAUGGAACAAGACAGUGAGCUCGUCUCUCGGAGACCAGACAGCGACGUGGAUGGCCUACCUGGAUGCACUACGACGAAUGAACGUCUUCUCGGUGAGUAGUAUACGUAAGAUGGUGUUCAACGAGGCAGUGCAACGUGUCAAAGAUACUCCCAUGGUCCUCGCCGAGGCGUGGCUUGUCUUUGAGCGGGAAAACGGAGACUUGAUGAGCUAUCUACGCGCUCGACGGUAUCACAUCAAGCACCGAACUCAAGUCCCUCCAGUUCCCAGUGUUGUCUCGGAUGAUAAGAAGGUUAAGAACACUAAGAAACGAAAAGCUGACGGCGUUAAACAGGCGAAAACCUCGCAGAAACAACGCGAAGUUAAGCGUGCGAAGCCUGCUGCCAGUGAGGCGACAGCUAUGAACGUGGACGAUACAAAGAAGACAGAGAAGAAGAAGACCCACGACAGUCUGACGAAUGCACACACCUUGUUCCUAUGCAACGUGUCGAAAGAAGCGAGUAAAGAAGACGUCGAGGCGUUAUUUAAGGACAUCACGACGUUAAAGGAGGUCCGUCUUGUGGUCAAGACACGAGGAGAGCGCGUCAAGUCACGUGGGAUGGCGUACGUGCAGUUCACGGACGACGGAGGUGUCGAGGCAGGCCUCAAACGGGACGGAGCUCUCCUCCACGGCCAUCCUCUACGCGUGGAGCGCUCGAAGCCAUCGGUAUCUACACCGGUAAAUACCUCACGUGAAGGUUUCUGGAAGCCUGAUCCUUUGACACUUUAUAUCGGCAACUUGAACCGAGACGGAUCAAAAGAUCAAAUUUCAGAGGAACAGCUGCAAGUCGCUCUACAGCGGGCCAUGCAAACAGCAGGCCAGGUUGUUGUGGUCACCCGCGUGUCCAUAUUGAAAGACCGUCAUGGCAAACGCAAGAACUAUGGCCUUGUACAAGUAGCCGAGUCGUGUCAAGCUGCGUUUUGUCUUGCCAAUGUGAUUGCACUUGAAGCCGAACUAGGCGACCAAGUGACGAUGAAGCCCUCUCGCUUCUCUAUUGCUCAUAUUUUAGAGCAACAGGACAAGCAACACAAGCAAAAACAACAGCGGAAAGCCGGAGGGGAUGUGCCGCAUGUGAAGCCGUCUACACGACUCGCUCUCCCACCUACUGGGUCGACGACUAGCUUAAUGCCACGUGCGCUGCGUCGGAAGCUUGCUGCGAAGGAUAAUGCGACCAAGACCGAACCUGCUGCCGGCACUGCACCGGUAACGCCGAAGAGCAACGAAGACUUUCGUAAGAUGCUGUUUAACAAGUAGCGUUUAAAUGAAAGUAACGUUUCUU